GAUUCAACCGUCGUAUGAAGUUUUAAGGAAUACCAUCCUGGAUGUGAUAGAAUGGAUCGUUUUCCCACUAGUACCGUAGUUAAAUAAUAUACACAUUAUUUCAGUUCUAUAAAUGAAGUAUUUAUUCAGGUUUUACUUUAUCUUAAGUACUUUAGUUGGAAGCUGUGCGUCGACUGCUUGUACAGUCCAGUGACUUAUCUUAGUAACUAGUAUGCCAAAUAGGUUAAUUCACUUGCGCCUUUAUAGAUAAUGUAAUGCAGUGUUUUAAAGUGAACUGUUUGUGCCAAAGGAGAACUAUUCUUUUAUUUAAGAACACUGCAUAAGUACAAGGUUAUGUGUCGCUGGCUUCUGGAUCGUAUACAAAACGCUACUGUUAUCCUGUGUAUGGAGAUAUGGAACUGUGGGCAAAGACAUCACUUUUGCUGUGUUCCUUUGGAUUCCUGAAAGAGUUCAGGCCAUCUGAACCUUUCAUAACCAGCUUCUUAUUAGGGCCAUGGAAAAAUUUUACUGAAGAACAGGUCAAUCAAGAAAUAUAUGCUGUAGGCACAUAUUCUUAUUUGGCAGUUUUAAUUGUGAUCUUCCUUGUGACAGAUGGACUGAGAUACAAACCAGUGAUAAUUUUAACUGGGUUGACGGGAAUUGCCACAUGGAGUGUCCUGACAUGGGGAAAGACCAUCCCAUUGAUGCAGCUGGUGGAGGUACUCUACGGCGUUUUCAUGGCAUCUGAAGUUGCUUAUUACACAUACAUUUAUGCUAAGGUUGAUCGUGUCCAUUACCAGAAAGUCACUAGCCACACAAGAAGUGCCUACCUCACAGGGAGAUUUACUUCAUCAGUAGUCAGCCAGAUAUUGGUCUCUACUGGCACAAUGAAUUAUUUUGAACUCAAUCAUCUCACUGUUGGUGCAAUGGUUAUAGCAACAGCGAUUGCAUUUUGUCUGCCAACUGCGCCACGAAGCAUAUAUUUUCAUCCGGAGACAAAUAACAAUCUUAAUCAGCACUUGAAAAGUGUUGAGAGUCAAUCCAUAUCAACAGCAGAUCUUCCUGUAAGUGGUGAUGCACCAGUACACGAAAUAAAAAAAGAAAGAUUUGUGGAUAUGCUGCUACGAGUAUACAUACAUCUCUGGAAAGAUUUUAAACUUGCUUACACAAAUAUAUAUGUUUUGAAGUGGUCACUUUGGUGGUGUGUUGCAACAUGUGGCUUUUUGCAGGUAUUGACAUACAUUCAACUUUUGUGGGACUCUAUUCUGAAUGAGAACAAAAAGGAAGAACAACAGCUCCUUUAUAAUGCUGCAGUUGAAGCAAUUUACACAAUUAUUGGAGCAAUUUCAUCUCUUGCCUGUGGCUGGUUAAGAUUCAAUUGGCAACUGAUUGGAGAAUUAUUUCUUACAAUUUGUUCACUGCUGCAAGGAAGUGCACUUUUAAUUUCGGCUCUGACUAAUUCAUUAUGGGUUUCAUACGCACUUUACAUUGUUUUUGGAAUACUGUAUCAUACAGUGAUGACAAUCACAAACUCAGAGGUAGCGAAGCACAUCAGUGAGGACAGUUAUGGACUCGUAUUUGGAAUUAACACAUUCUUUGCCCUCAUUCUACAAUCCGUACUCACUGCUGUUGUUGUUGGGAAUGGAGGCCUUGAACUGAAUGCAAAAGACCAGUUCCUUGUUUAUGGAGGCUACUUCUUGGUUCUGGGUGCUUUCUUUUCUGUGGCGACGGUGUAUACACUGUGCAGGCAUAACAUAUGCAGAGAAAAACUGUGGCUUCCCAAUGAUACAAUGAUCUCUGGCAACUGACACACUGUAUUGUAAUAAUAGGUUUUUUUAACUUUGGCUUGUACUUAAUGAGUAAUUAGGUGAUACAAUUUUAGAAAAUGAGCUAGUUUUCUUUCCUGUUGUGUACAAUAUUUUGUUUAGUAUGUAUUAGGCAGUGCACAAAACGUAAAUGAGUAGUAGUAAUAGUAAAGGGAAACUGCCUUGAGACAUUUCUUUCAUUUUCACUUAAUUUGAUACAUGUAAAUGUAGAAGAAAACUAUAAUAAUACCAUGCUGGUAUUGCUUGUGGCAGUGGUAAUAUUGUUCUCCAAAAAUUAAAAUUAAUGUUUUUGUA